UUUCCGCUUCCGUUGAAUUCACAACAUCCAACAUGUCUGCCGCCAUAACUUCCCUCGUUUCGUACGGCAGCGAUUCGGACUCUGAGAAUGAGUCGGAAUCAAAAACCGAUGCUGGGAAAGUUGACCCAGUCAACCCGGACGCCACGGCUCAUCUCAAGCCUCUUCAGUCGGAACCCACCAUGACUUUGGCUCUUCUCAAUUCCGCUCCGGAGGUCGCCGUGAAGGAGUGUGUGGAGACUGGCAUACAUCUGGACCCUUCGCUGAAAGAAGUCACCUACAACCCGACAUAUGAAACCAUGUUUGCACCAGAGUUUGGACCGAUGAAUCCGUUCAAAAGUCAGCAGAUGGCUGCCCCCAGGAACAUGUUGUCUGGCUUUGCAGAACCUGCUCACCUCAACGACUUCAUGUUUGAACAGCAAAGGAGGACAUUCUCCACCUUUGGUUAUGCUUUAGAUCCCUCUGUUGACACACACCAUGUAUCCACAAGUAGCUACAUUGGUGCAGUAGAUGAUGCUGAGAAAAAUAAAGGGUUAACUGUGUUUGAGAGUGGACAUAAAAAAUCUGAGAAAAGGAAAAAGGUCAAAGGUGGAGAAGCAGGAGAGAUUGACAACUUCCUUGGACCCUGGGCAAAAUAUGCUGAUGAGAAGGAUUUGGCCAAACCAUCAGAGGAAGAGAAGAAAGAGCUGGAUGAAAUCUUGGCAAAGAGACAGAAGAAGGGAAAGAAUGAGGAAGAUGCUCCAGCAGAGGAGAAGACUAUUCUCCAUGUUAAAGACAUGUACGAUUACCAGGGCAGGUCCUACCUCCACAUUCCACAGGAUGUGGGCAUCAACCUGCGUUCUGCAGAAGUUCCAGACAAGUGUUAUCUGCCUAAGAAACAGAUUCAUGUCUGGUCUGGGCACACCAAGGGAGUCAGUGCGAUCCGACUAUUUCCCAGCUCUGGCCAUCUUCUGCUCUCCUCCUCCAUGGACUGUAAGAUCAAGCUGUGGGAAGUGUACGGCGAGAGGAGGUGUAUACGGACGUUUAUUGGCCACAGCAAAGCAGUACGAGACAUUUGCUUCAACAACAGUGGGACCCAGUUCCUCAGCGCUGCCUAUGACCGCUACCUGAAACUGUGGGACACUGAAACAGGUCAGUGUAUCGCCCCCUUCACCAACAGAAAGGUCCCGUACUGCGUUAAGUUCAACCCGGAUGAGGAGAAGCAGAACCUUUUUGUGGCCGGCAUGUCGGACAAGAAGAUUGUUCAGUGGGACAUCAGAACGAAGGAGGUGGUUCAGGAGUAUGACCGUCACCUGGGAGCCGUCAACACCAUCACCUUUGUUGAUGAGAAUCGUCGGUUCGUCAGCACAUCAGACGAUAAAAGUCUUAGAGUGUGGGAGUGGGACAUCCCUGUGGACUUCAAGUACAUUGCUGAGCCCAGUAUGCACUCCAUGCCAGCUGUGACACUUUCUCCCAAUGGUAAAUGGCUAGCAUGCCAGUCCAUGGACAACCAGAUUCUUAUUUUCGGAGCCCAGAACCGCUUCAGACUGAACAAGAAGAAGGUCUUCAAGGGCCACAUGGUGGCUGGCUAUGCCUGCCAAGUGGACUUCUCCCCAGACAUGAGCUAUGUGGUCUCAGGAGAUGCGGAUGGAAAGCUGAACAUCUGGGAUUGGAAGACCACCAAGCUUUACCACAGGAUCAAGGCUCACGACAAGGUUUGCAUCAGCGCCCUGUGGCAUCCACACGAAACCUCCAAGGUCAUCACCUGCGGCUGGGACGGACAAAUCAAACUCUGGGACUAGAAACUGCUCAGGGUGGGAGAUGAGGGGCAAAACUGAACUUGUUGACUUAAGACACAGGAAGGGUUUCUUGUCCCAUGGGUUUUGAUAACAUUUUUUUAGUGAAUGCCACAGGACUGGUAUCCAGUCUCAUUGUUGCAGUGUUUAUUGUAUCCCAUAAGAGCUCAAUUAUGAACUCCUGUAAUGUAUCUGUACAAAGAUGAACACAAACAUACUUUUAAAGGUUGUUUUUACUACAACAAACACAUUUGAGGGCUACUUUGGCUAUUUUUUUUUUUUUUUCCAGUCAAUGUUUUAAUUUUAAUCGGCAGUGUUCUGUUUAGUAUACAUUUGUAAUCCUUGAUAAAAUCAUUUGUUUUCAGUUGUCUGACCAUCCCUUUGUGGUAAUAAACAUUCUGUG